GAAGCCGGACUGGAGCGUUCCCGGACCUCGGCGCCGAAGCCCUGCACCGAGCCAAGGCCCCUCCGGAGGCAGCUCAAGACCAAGAGGAAAAAGUGGAACUCCUGGGCUCCGGUCGGUCUGCCGAUGAGUAAAAGCAAAUGCUCCGUGGGACCCAUGUCCUCCGUGGUGGCCCCAGCUAAAGAGCUCAACGCUAUGGGCCCCAGGGAAGUGGAGCUCAUACUGGUCAAGGAGCAGAACGGAGUGCAGCUCACAAACUCCACCCUCAUCAACCCGCCACAGACACCCACAGAGGCCCAAGAGCGGGAGACCUGGAGCAAGAAAAUCGACUUCCUGCUCUCAGUCAUCGGCUUUGCGGUGGACCUGGCCAAUGUCUGGAGGUUCCCCUACCUGUGCUAUAAAAAUGGUGGAGGUGCUUUCCUGGUGCCCUACCUGCUCUUCAUGGUCAUCGCUGGGAUGCCACUCUUCUACAUGGAGCUGGCCCUUGGGCAGUUCAACAGGGAAGGGGCCGCUGGUGUCUGGAAGAUCUGCCCUAUCCUGAAAGGUGUGGGCUUCACCGUCAUCCUCAUCUCCUUCUACGUGGGCUUCUUCUACAACGUCAUCAUCGCGUGGGCACUGCACUACUUCUUCUCCUCUUUCACCAUGGAUCUCCCAUGGAUCCACUGCAACCACACCUGGAACAGCCCCAACUGCUCUGACGCCCACAUAGGCAACUCCAGCGAUGGCCUGGGUCUCAACGAUACCUUUGGGACCACACCCGCGGCUGAGUACUUUGAGCGUGGCGUGCUGCACCUCCACCAGAGCCGUGGCAUCGAUGAUCUCGGCCCACCACGGUGGCAGCUCACGGCCUGCCUGGUUCUAGUCAUUGUCCUGCUCUACUUCAGCCUGUGGAAGGGAGUAAAGACCUCAGGGAAGGUUGUAUGGAUCACAGCUACCAUGCCCUAUGUGGUCCUCACUGCCCUGCUUCUGCGCGGUGUUACCCUCCCUGGAGCCAUGGAUGGCAUCAGAGCGUACCUGAGUGUGGACUUCUACCGUCUCUGUGAGGCAUCUGUGUGGAUAGAUGCUGCCACCCAGGUGUGCUUCUCCCUUGGUGUUGGGUUUGGGGUGCUGAUUGCCUUCUCCAGUUACAAUAAGUUCACCAACAACUGCUACAGAGAUGCAAUCAUCACCACCUCUAUCAACUCCCUGACGAGCUUCUCCUCUGGCUUUGUCGUCUUCUCCUUCCUGGGGUACAUGGCACAGAAGCACAAUGUACCCAUCGGAGACGUGGCCACAGAUGGUCCAGGGCUGAUCUUCAUCAUCUACCCUGAGGCAAUCGCCACACUCCCGCUCUCCUCGGUCUGGGCCGCUGUCUUUUUCCUCAUGCUGCUCACUCUGGGCAUCGACAGUGCUAUGGGAGGCAUGGAGUCUGUGAUCACCGGGCUCAUCGACGAGUUCCAGCUGCUCCACCGGCACAGAGAGCUCUUCACACUCGGCAUCGUCCUGGCCACCUUCCUGCUGUCUCUGUUCUGUGUCACCAAUGGGGGCAUCUAUGUCUUCACGCUGCUGGACCACUUCGCAGCUGGCACAUCCAUCCUCUUUGGCGUACUCAUCGAAGCCAUCGGGGUGGCCUGGUUCUACGGUGUCCAGCAGUUCAGUGAUGACAUCAAGCAGAUGACUGGGCAGCGACCCAACUUGUACUGGAGACUGUGCUGGAAGCUGGUCAGUCCCUGCUUCCUCCUGUUUGUGGUUGUGGUCAGCAUUGUGACCUUCAGGCCCCCACACUACGGAGACUACAUCUUCCCAGACUGGGCCAAUGCACUGGGCUGGAUCAUCGCCACAUCCUCUAUGGCCAUGGUACCCAUCUAUGCCACCUACAAGUUCUGCAGCCUGCCAGGGUCCUUCCGAGAGAAACUGGCCUACGCCAUCACACCUGAGAAAGACCGCCAGCUAGUGGACAGAGGGGAGGUACGCCAGUUCACGCUGCGCCACUGGCUACUGGUGUAAAGUGGAAGGAGACGGUGACCAGGCGGACAUUUCACCACAGCUGGGAACGUGCAGAAGGAAACCCAAGCAUCCAGGAAGGGCCGCUUCCACCCUUCCCAUCUGCUAUGUGGAAAAAAUUAAAACAUAGGCUUCAACCUUUCACAUUCGAUUCAUACCAUGGAGAGGCCUCUCUGUGUGUGUGCGUGUGUGGCUAUAAGAACACACAGCUCUGCAUGGUGAGGUCGAGCCUGUCCCCAUCCCCACUGGGUGGAGAAUGCCUGGCUGCCAUUCUGUCUCUUAAGAGGCUGGCACCUGCCCCCUCUGUGGCCAUACUGGGGGCGCAGAUCUUGCUGUACCCUGCUCUAUAGGGGAGGGUCUUUGGUACCUGUACAUACACUGUGCAAGAAUCCUUAUGCUCACAGUAGCUGCCCAGAUUGUUUCUUUUGCUCACAUUUACAGUGCCCAGUAUGAUAUUUUGUUUGUUGUGUAGAAGGUAAGAGAAACUGUUAAUACAUGUCAAGUCCUUUCCUGGUGCUUGGCUCUGAGCAGACACCAUGACCCAGGCAUCCUGUUCACACACUUUGAACACAGGGUCUGUUCUGAGCCACAGAGGACGGGGGACCUGGUGCACAUGACCAGGAUUUUUUUUUCUUUAUAGCUGAGAGAAAUGGACGCCAUGGGACGAGUUUGGGAAACUUCCUACUCCUGGCCCCUGGGAGGCCUGGUCAGCCUGUGGUCACCACACUGUAGACUUCCAGGCCACAGAGAAAGUGUGCUCCUCAAGCCAGCGUGUUGCUGCCUUAAGGACGCCUACUCUGCGUAGGUGUCAAGGCAGCCUGAAGACCAAAUCCUGCUUGGUCCAGAUCUCUAAGCUUUGGGGAACAAUCCCCACUCCCAGGUUUUAUUUCUCUCAAGCCACCAUCACAUCAAUAGGAACAUUUUCCAUGUUAAGGAAUAGCUUUUUAAAAAUCAUAUUUAUUUGUAAAUCAAAACUAAUUCUCUGAAGCUGAGUUUGUUCAAAUCUGUUGCUGACAUUCCAGUUUUUGUUUAGAAGAGGAUUAGCAAUCCCAUGUAUGGGAAGAACCGCCUUCCCACGGAGCACUGGCUUCAGACCCUGCAGGGAAGAUUGGAUGUUGUGAUUCGCCCUUAAACUGAUGUACAUGGACUCUGACCUGGCCUGUGCCCCACAAAGAUGGUGUCACAUGUCUGUAAGAGUUAGUCUCAGGCGUCCUGUCCUCUGAAGUGACUUUGGCACCAGGCACUGGAAUGUGCUGCCAGAUGGGAAUGCAGGUCUGUUGGCUUCAAGACUGUUUGCAGUUUGACUCAGGAGGGCCAGGUCCGCCGACUCCUCUCUGAGGAGUGACUCCGUGUAAAAAUCCAGCUGUUGUCAGCAUCCGUUCUCUGUCCAUAGUCAGUACUUGUGUGGGUCCUUAUGAACAAUAAAUCUGUGU